UACAGAUAAUGCGUUGGCACUCAAAAACUGAACUUGAAAAUUACCAAAGGCAGUCAAAGAUCAAGACGAUAAAGGGUGGAGGAUCCGCAAGUGAUGCCGUCCAACAAGGUGAGGUUUCAUCCAGCAAGCCUACUAUUCUAACUAAUGAGGUUUUUGGGCCACUCUUACUUGAGGCUUUAGAAGGCUUUCUGUUUGUUGUGAAUCCGGAAGGCAAAGUUGAGUUUUGUACUGAGAAUAUCACUCAGUUCAUAAAAUAUCGUCGUGAAGAGGUGCUUGGCCAGCCGGUGUACAAUAUAAUACACCACGGCGACCACGCUAGGUUUUCGUCUUGGCUCUUGCCUAUGAGCUGGUCCAACGACUAUCAUCCACCAAGACCUAGAACAUUUAACUGCCGUUUCCUCAUCAAACCUCCUCCAGAUACGACUGUGGAAGAAAAGCAACAAAGACCGUCCAAGUAUGAGAAUAUGCAGAUUUCCUCCACACAACUUCCCCAAAGUAGUGGAGUAGACAAAGACGACGAUGGUAGCAGCGAGUCCGGACCUUGCUUGAUGUGUGUGGCUAGAAGAAUUCCACCAAAUGAAAAGCCUACGGGUUCACCUAUUGAGCAAUUCACAAUGAAACUGACUACCUCUGGAAGGAUUAUAAAUGUAGAUAAUACCGGCGUUUCUGCUCCUUAUUCACAAUACAUCAGUAAGGAUUUAAUGAACAGAAAUUUAGAAGAACUAGUUCAAAGCAGCGACGUUCCCAAAGUUCUAUCUAAUAUUAAAGAAGCGUUGACUACAGGACAAAGUUCAACGGCUAUUUACAAACUUCUUAUUGCCCCUGCCCCUGAAAACUUUCUUCACGUUCAAACUAAAUUUAAGCUGUUUAAAUCAGCCAAUCGCCAGAUGGAGAAUGACUUCCUAAUGGCUACCCAUUCAAUAUUUGGAGAUAUUGAUAUCAAUAUCAAUAUGGGAUCACCUGCUGGCAGCAGCAGUCAGGCCAUCGGUGGCAGUAACAAUACUAACCAAAACCAACACCAACACCAACACCAACAACAGCAGCAGCAGCAACAGCAGCAGCAACAAAGCACUUCAACCAGCGGAGUUGGGGGCCCUCUUAUUGCUAGUGUUAACGGAGCCAAUAACAGAGACCUGAGUAACACUAUCACUUUAAACAAUAGCUCUGCCUUCCAUUCGGUCACUCUCAACUCGACCGAUCUGGAUUUCAAUUUUGACAUUUUUCCGAGUUCUUCGACUUGGGAUCUUAGCAGUGACGAGAGAGUUUGGGAAAGGCCCGAAUCUCGUCAGAGUUUGACUCCGGUAGAAAGUCCAUUAUAUUCCAACCCACCUGCUCAAUCCCCUGCCACCACUCCAUUUUCAACUCCAUACGCUUUCUCACCGAUUCAGGAGACAACUCAGGAAGAACCCCCGGAGGAAGAUUCCGGAAGACUAAGAAACCUCCUGAUGACCAAGAGGCCAUCUACGGAAUCGGAUGAUGGCGGUGGAGGCAACAUUGCUCAACGUAAUAGACACAGAAUAUUAAAAAAUCUUCUGAACCAGGAAGAUGAAGAAUCGCAACCCCAAGAUUCGAAACCGCCCAAUAAUAUGUUAUUGAAGUUGUUAAACACCCAAAGCGAUGACGAUGAUGUUGAGGCUAGGGCUGGCCUGAAGAAGCAGAACGAGCUUCUGCAUCAGCUGCUAAAAGAUGAGGAUAAUAACCAUGAGAACCAGCAGAGCGGUGAUGAUGGUCUCCUUAAAAGCCUUGGGUUCCGUGGAGAAACCAGCGAGGAAAGCAGAGGAGGAAGGAAGCGCCCAUCUUCAGAUGAAAGCGAAGACCAACCUGGCCCAAAAAGAUCUUCCUCAUCCCUUCUGGAUGCCGUACCUCCCCCAACACCCUCGGCGCCGUCCGCUGCGUCAGGUAAAUCGAGGCUUUGGGAGAAGAACCAAAUGCUUGCUUCUCUAUUGGCCAAGCGCCCGACUACUCCGGCAUCGAUUCCGCCUAUUCCAGCUUCUGUCAUCUCCGCUACACCGCAGGAUAAACUGCAACGUCUUGUUAAACACCCGCAAACAACCGGCUGGUCCGGCGGUAGCGUCCACACCGCUGCGGCGUCGCCCGGCCAUAGCAGGCAAGGCAGGAGCCCUGGUUAUAACUCCGCAGCCCACAUGUGGGACUCUGCGUCAUCCGAUCCCGUACUCUCGGACAUCCUCGAUCAAGUCAUCGAGAUAGUACCAGAUGUUAACACAGAUGCGCCAGCUCUGAUGAAUAUGAUCAACUCGUUGGAAGCUGAGACUCAGCAGUCUGUUCAACAACAGUUCGUAUCUCAAACAGAUUUGAAUGAAAAGAUGGCGAUUAGCGCUAUACAAAAGUCUUUAAUGCUCUGCGAAUCGGCGGUUAAAGGGCCUUCUUAUCAAGGAACGAUGUCGCAGGGGUCUCCAGGACCACAACCCCAGCCUCAACAGCAACCACAACCACAACAGCAACCUCAGCCGCAGCAGCAACAAUUUCACCCUCCUCCGAUGUAUCAGCAAAGGCAGAGGUUUCCUAUCCAGCAGCAGCAACAGAUUCGAAGCCAGUUCCCCCUCAGUCCAAUGAUUAUGGCUCAGAGGAGUAAAAUGCAACAGCAGCAGCAGAUGCAACAAAAGCAGCGAUUACUCCACAUGCAGCAACAACAACAGCUUGUUAUUCCGUCGAAUGCGACUGCCUCAAAUAAUGACCCCGCACUCCAUAAUAUUGAUAGCCUUAUCAAUAAUACCGUUGCUCCGAACGUGUCGCUCCAGAGAUCGAGCAGCGUUCCUGAUUCCCAGCUUUCCCCAGUGGGCAAUUACCCAGGCAUGGGAUCCGUUCCCUCACCAGGCCAAAGAAGGCCUUUCUCACCUGUGAACGGUGGAAUGACCAAUUUCUCCAAUAGCGGCGGAGGGGGGCCAUCUUCUGGCAGCGGCCCUCAGGCGAGGCUCUCUCCUAGUUCUAUAACGGGCUACCAACAGCAACCUCAGCUGUCUCCAAGGCUCUCUCAGGGCCAACAAGGUUAUGGCGGUGGUGGUGCUAGCUGGCCUCAGCAGAAUUCACGGCUAUCCUUGCAGCAGCAGGAGAACCCGGUCCUCAAUGCUCAAUUGACAAGCGGAGGACGAGGGUACGCAAGGGCUACCACAGCAGGUUUACCUCCCGUAAGAUCGCUCGCUGGCCCUCAGCGGUUCCCCACAGGUGCUGACCAGCAGGCCAGUUCUUCCUCGUACCAAUUUCGGCUGCAGCGCCAGGUGUCAGCACCUCAGCCUCAGCAGUCGUCGCCGAAUGCCCAGUUACCAGGUGGCACAAGGGUGGGUUAUGGAGGCAGCUUAGGUUCGCCACCUCUCUGCCACCACCCACCGCCGGGAGCGUACCAAGACCAGCAAUACUGUUAUACGGACCAAGCUUAUCCCCCUCGUUUACUUCUCCAUUCCCAUGGAGGUAAUAACGGUGUCACCGAGUACGUAAGACAAGAGCUGCGUGCGAUGGUCGGCGCCAGAACCAGUGGAAGUGGGCGUCCUCAGGUUCCCGGCUCUCUUCCCCUACCUACGCCUGCGGUUGACCUCGAUUCUCUACCAUACGAUAUGCAAUCUCAGGGAGUAAAUGACAGUCCAAAGAUGUGGGGUGGAAUGAAUGAAAUGGGCACAGGUUCACCGCAGCCGGCUCAACAACAUUCCUCCAGGAGUACCAUGGAUGAAGUGCCGAGAUCGAACGACCAAAAAUCAUCAUUGUUACAAAAACUUUUGUCAGAGUAA